AUGGCACCUGGCCCCGGGGCAUCCCCUGACCCAGGCGGGAACACGGGCAAGCGAGUCAGGCGGGUCACGGGGCCGCGCCAGUCCGACCGGCUUCUCUCUUCCCCGGCCCGGCCCGGCCCUGCCCGAGGGCACCACCGGAGGUCUGGGCUCGGCUCGACCAGCCGUCAGAACCCCCCCCCCUCCCCCAACACCGGGGCGGAGGAGCAGAGACCAACAGCCCCCCUGCAGCGGGCCGUGGAGCUGAGGGGGGAUCCCGGCGGGGACGAGACCCUCCCGCCCACCGGCCCGGACCCGGCCGAAGAGGACUCCCGUCACCCCAGAGGCGGCCUCCGACCCUCUCUGGACGCCCGGACCCUGUGGCUCCUCCUUCGGCAGAAAGAGCUGGAGCUCCGGGCCUUGCGCCAGGCGGCCCGGAGGAGGCCGGAGGCCCGGCUCUCGAGCGUCCUGCGGGCCCUGGCCGACCGGAACGGCGAGGAGGGGGUCCAGCGGAGGCAGCGGCUCAUCGAGGCUCUUCAGAAGCAGGUGGAAGAACUGAGCGCGCAGCUGGAGGUGCAGAAGCUGCAGCACGGCAAGGAGAAGGAACGGCUGCAGGAGCGCCUGGCCUGCUCGGAGCGGGUGGUGCGGAGGAUGGAGGAGGAGCUGCAGCAGCUGGAGGUGGCCUGCCUCCUGCAGCUCGCCCGCGGCCUGUCCGGAGGCUGGCAGACCCGCUCCUCCUGGGUCGGCCGCACCCUGCGCUCCCAGACCGGCAGCGUGGAGACGCUGACGGCGGAGGCUCUGGCCGAGGAGGACAGCGACAUCUCCCUGCGCCGCGUCAGCAAGCAGCGGGACUUCUCGGCCUUCAAGGAGGAGGGUCUCAACUCCGACGACCUGAACAGAUUACUGGCCUUGCAUUACCCUCACAUGUUCAGAAACGAAGCGUCCAGCUCCGAGUCCAGCAGCCGAGAGCCGAGCAAGCCCCGCCUGAGCAGGAAGAGGGCCAGCGUCGGGACCAGGAGCGUGGAGUGGCGGGUCCAGUUGCGGUCGGAGUCCAGUUCGUCCAGCCUGGAAGACGACUGGCCGGACGCCCCCAAGCCCUGCCCCUCGACCCACAGGACCCCUCCCUACUCCCCCCGGGGCAGCGUCGGGCUGGACCCCCGGCCCGAGGCCGAGGAGCCCCACGCCCCCCGGCCAGCCGGAGCCCGGACGGACGAAGCCACCCAACGAGCGGGCAGCCAGGACAGCCUGCGCCCGACCAGGAAGAAGCCGCGCCGGCGGUCGCCCGCCUCCGCCUGCCUCAAGAUCCAGAAGGUGGACGAGAGGGGCAGGUUCGUCCGGCUGCAGAACACCUCGCCCGACGAGAGCGUGGACCUCGGCGGCCACACGCUCCAGCGGCGCCUGCACGGCUACCCCGUGUCCGUCUACCGCUUCCCCCCGCGCACCCUGCUGCCCCCCGCCCACCACAUCACCGUCUGGGGGUCGGAGAGCAAGGCCCGCCCCCACAAGCGCCCGACGGACGCGAUGACCUCGGGCCAGCAGACGUUCCGCGGCGGCCCGGGCUACGCCUCCACCCUGGUCUCCCCCAGCGGAGAGGUCCUGAGCUCGUACCGGGCUCCCCACCGGAAGACGGAGGCCUCCCGGGCCUUCAGCGACGACGUCGACCUCUCCAUCGACCGCUUCCCCCUGUCCCGGGAGUCCUGGGAGUCCUGGGCCUCCCAGGGGUCCCGGGGGUCCCGGGAGUCAGGGAGCGCCAGCCUGGCCCGGGCGGCGGGCGCCGGCAGGAGGGGCGGGCCGAGGGCCCCGGGACCGUCGCCGGGGUCGGCGGCCCGGCCUCCCGGCUCCUCCGCCUGCGGGCUCAGGCCCCAGAAGCGCUUCUCCCCGCUCAGCCUGCCCACCCAGAGGAGCCCGCGCUGCUCCUUCUGCGAGACCAAGAAGCGGCACAGCCUCGGCUCCGACACCGGCCUCACCUCCGACGACCCGCUGAGCUCCAUGGGGCUCCCGGUCAUCCCAGAGACCCUGUCCAGUCAGCCCUCCCUGCAGAGCGAAGAAAACCUCGGGCCCGGGGGCUCCGACCCCCCGCUACCUCCCGUGGGCUACGGGAGGAGGCUGGACCUGUCCGGACCUCUGGUGGCCCUCACGGCCCAGAAGACGGCGCAGAGCAAGUACGGCUUCAAGGCGCUCACCUACCCGCCCAUCACCAACGAGCUCCGGGCCAGGGUGUGACGGACGGCCCGGACCCCCCGGCCCCCCGCCCCCGCCGGGCCCCGCCGCGCGGCC